AUGACUAACACAAAGCCCGUCCACUUCUUCGACAUCACCUCGACCCUCCCAGGUGCAUACAAAUCCUGGUCCCCCAAUACUCUAAAAGUACGGGCGGUGCUUAACUUCAAGAGCAUCCCGUAUACCCAAAGCUGGGUCUCCUACCCAGACAUCGCGCCCUUGAUGAAAGGGUUCGGUGUCGAACCCAAUAAAGUCGGCCAUGCGUAUACCCUCCCCGCAAUCGUACAUGAAUCUAUACUCGACCACCAAGGCGCAAUGAUGGACUCUCUCCCCAUUGUCGAGCAUCUGGACCACGUGUUUCCCGAUCGUCCGCUGUUCCCGUCGGGCGACGCUAGCUAUGCGCUCUUCCUUGCGGUCAACAAGCUCACCUUGGCUCUGGGACCGGCGGUUCGGACGCUCAUUAUCCCCAGCGUGCCGGAGCACCUCGAUCCGCGGGGACAGGAGUAUUUUGUACGAACGAGGUCUGAGUCCUUUGGAAAGCCAUUGGCGGAGGUCCGGCCGACAGAUGAGGGGGAGAUUGCGGAGAUGUGGGAAACAAUGGAGAAGGGUUGUGAGACGUUGAUCAAGAUGUUGAAGGGGAGAGAAGGGAAAAAAGGUCCUUUCUUCGAAGGGGAGACGGCUAGUUAUGCGGAUCUUUCCUUCGCGUGUCUCCUGGCAUUUUUCCACCGAUUUGAUCGUGAGAUCUGGGAGAAAUUUAUGGGCUUGGGUGACGGGGAGUUUCGAGCUUUGUGGGAUGCUACCUUGCCCUGGUUGGAGGGACAGGGCGAGGAGAAGGAGUGGCCGAUACCGCAGGAUGCUUAA